AUGGUAGAUAGCCAGACUUUUUGCAACAGAUUCUUGGUGUCUGAAUGGAAAACCCAUCCAACAGGACAUACAGUGAAAUGGUCACUGAGCCAAAACAUCUGCUCCAGCUUCUACACAGACUGUUGGAAUAUUGAUUCAUAUCAUGAAAGCAGUACAGCAGACAAGGUAGCUCUGAGUUUACCCCAGAUUUGUCCUCUGCAACUUCAGCUGGGGGAUAUGCUCUUUGUUUCUUCUGAGACAUCUUUUCAGUCUCAUGGCAUGAACUUGGCAAAUGUUUCCUUGGAAGAAUUUAUUAGAUGUCCUCAACCAACAGAUUUCCCUCCGCACCAGCUUAUUUUUGACUACGGAUUAAGUGGGAUGCAUCAAAUUGACCCCAAAUGGCUUGGAAUUGGAACACAUUACUUUGCAGAAGUCCCAAUACAAGGACCACUUUUAUGUCAUUUCGGGCUUCGACUGAAUGUGACAGUGAAACCACACAUUUGCCAGGAAUUUUCAAACUCACCAUUUUGCUCUGGACAUGGCAAAUGUUUAAGUCAUAUCUGGGAUGAAGCAUAUAAUUGUCAUUGUAGUCAGCACUAUUCAGGACAGUUCUGCCAAGAAAUUGAUAAGUGUUCCAGUAAACCUUGCUACAAUCAUGGCAUCUGCAUUAACACAAAGAACCAAAGAGAAGAUGAUGACAAUUCUUAUGAAUGCAUCUGUCCCCCCUCAUUUGCAGGAAAGAACUGUUCAGAAAUAAUUGGACAGUGUCAGCGACAUAGUUGUGGCAACGGUAACUGUAGCAGUGUUUCUCCAAAUACUUUUAGAUGCCAGUGUGAUAAAGAUGCUGCAGGUCAGAAAUGCAUUUAUUACACCCAGUGA